GGCGCAGCAGGACUCCCGCCGCCCGUGCGGAGAGGGGCCGGCAGGGACAUGGGCCCGCCGGGCAGCGCAGCGGGCGGCGGCCUCGCAGCCCGGCUCCCCCUGCGGCGGCGGCGGCGGCGGCGGCUGCUGCUGCUGCUGCUCUGGCUCCACGCCGCCCGCCCUGCGCAGGGGCAGCGGGCUGCAACAAAUAGUUCAGUCCCAGAUAUCUGUGCCACUUGCCAUGCUAACGCCACGUGUCAGCAAAAAGAAGGCAAAAACGUCUGCAUCUGUAACUAUGGAUUUGUGGGUAAUGGGAGGACUCAUUGUCAAGAUAAAGAUGAAUGCCAAAUUGGAGCUAGCAAGAUUUGUGGCGAGCAUACAUCAUGUCACAAUACACAUGGAAGUUUUUACUGCAUUUGUCUUGAAGGAUACCAUCCCUCUAACAACAACAAGACAUUUAUUCCCAAUGAUGGCACAUAUUGUACAGAUAUAGAUGAGUGCUUGGUGUCAGAUCUGUGUGGUGUCGGGGGACGAUGUGUGAACACUAUCGGAAGUUACAGCUGCUACUGUACGGAAGGAUAUAGACCAGAAAAUGGAACAGAAUUUUUUCAUGCAGCUGGGAACACUGUUUUGUGCAAAGCUGUGGAUUGUGGUGUCCCACCUUCUGUCUUGAAUGCACAUGCAGCUCCUCUAAGGAGGACCACCUAUGGAAGUGAAGUUGCUUAUAUUUGCCUACAUGGUUAUGUUAUUGAAAGUGGUAACCAGACUGCAGUUUGUAAUACCAAAGGACAAUGGGAAGGUGCUGAUCUGGUGUGCAAAGAAAUAGACUGUGGCAGACCUUUGUGGAUUCCACACGCAGAAAUGAUCUGGGACAACUCCACAACUCUAGGAAGCAUGGUGUACUAUAAAUGUAGUGAAGGGUUUCAUUUUAGUGGAGAGAAGAAUUUUUCACAAUGCACAAUAAUUCAGAAAUGGGAAAAUAUCACUGGUGCAUGUGAAGUAACAGACUGUGGCAGACCUCCUUCAAUCCCCAACACAGACAUGAUUUGGAACAACAUUUCCCAGCUGGGGAGUGCAGUGCAUUAUCAAUGUAAAAAGGGAUUCCGCAGCAUAAAUGGGAGGAAUACGUCACGUUGUAUUUAUAAUGGAUCCUGGGAAAUUCCAGCUGUAAUAUGUAAAGAAGUAGACUGUGGCAUUCCUCCACCAAUACAACAUGCUGAGCUAAUGUCGAAUCCCAGUUCGAGUCCUGGGAGUGUAGUGCAGUAUUCAUGUCAGAAGGGAUUUGAAUAUGCUGGUGGAAACAAUAUCUCAGUUUGCACAGCAGAAGGUGUUUGGAUAAAAAGCACUUUAACAUGCACAGUGAAGGCAGCCAUUGCGAAUGUGUCUAUAUUUAAUCAAACUUGUGUGAAGUGGAGAAGAAGCAUUAGAGAAACCAACUUGAAGACGGUGUAUUUGUUUCACAUACAAGGGCGAAGAUGGCAUCAGGAGGCAUUUUUUCACGAAGCAAUGUUUAACUUCACAGCAGAGGAAGAGACUCCAGAACUGUGUCUAGACCUACAGGCAGACAUGAACUACACUGUGAACAUCACUGUAGUGUUUCCUGAGCCCUCAAGACCAGUUACUGUAACAAUCCAGACAGUUGAAGAGGAAGGAUUCGGCAAUGUUUCAGUAUUUAAUGAUACCUGUUUGAAAUGGAGGAGACAUUCUGGAAGAAUUGGGGUGAAGGAAACCUACCUCUUUCACAUACAGGAACAACAGGGAUACUUGUUGAAGUCCUCCCAUGAAAUGAUGAUUAACUUCACCACAGAGGAAGAGAACCCAGAGGUGUGCCUGCCUCUGCACCUGGGUGUAAACUACACUCUGACUAUCACUGAGGCAUCUACCAAGCUUGUGUUACAAAUCCCCAUAAUGCUCCCAGCAACUGAAGAGGAAUUGCUCAGCAAUGUGUCCAUAUUUAAUGAAACCUGCGUGAAGUGGCAGAGAAAAGUUGCAAGAGCUGGGACAAAGGAAACAUACACAUUUCGUAUAUUGGGACGAAGAUGGUACCAGAAGGAAUUCUCUCGUGAAAUGAUAUUUAACUUCACAACAGGUGAAGAGACUCCAGAGGUGUGUUUAGAGCUGAACUCCGGUGUUAACUACAUGGUGACUAUUACUACAGCAUCCUCUAAGGGGACCUCAGCCCUAAUUACUAUAGCAAUUAAGACAGAAGUAAAGGAAGCCUUCAGUAAUAUUCGGAUACUUAACGACACCUGCUUGACAUGGAGGCGAAGCAUAAGGAGCGCUGAUAGGAAAGAAAUCUAUUCAUUUUGCAUACAGGGUCGACGUUGGUAUCAGAAGGAGUUCUUUCAUGAAAUGACCUUUAACCUCACCACUUACGGACAGACUCCAGAGGUGUGUCUUGAUUUGCGCCCAGGCACCAAUUACACUGUGAAUAUUUCCACGGCAGCUUUGGAUCUUUCUGUGUUAGUUUCCAUGACAACUCCAAUUAUUGUGGGCUUUUUUUUGUCAUCUCCUCAGAAGAUUCUGUGAUAGUGGUUUUCUUCAGGUUAAAAUUUUUUUUCCCUUCAGCAUAACAUACAUGUUGUUACAUAUGUUGUACUUAUAGUCUCUCCUCAAAACCAGUGCUAUUUAAUCAGUACUGCUACGUGACCCUCACUUAUACCAUUUGUACUUAUUCCAUUUCUUUAUUUUAAAUGUGAAAACGUAAUAGACUAUUUUUAUUUUAAUAAAAAUCCCCAAACAGCCGUAAAAUCCUUGAAACAAUGCGUUUGCAAGAAAUGUCAGUUAUGAAAAUGGCAUUAUUUCAGCAGAGAAUUGUCUGAACUAGAACCCUUGAUUUGACUUCCCUGAACUUGAGGAAAGAUACUAUCUGGAUGCAAACUUUUUGGCUCAGUUGCAUCACUAUUUUUAAAGCAUUAUCACCAGCAGAGAAUGGCAUCUAGAAAAGCAGAGAAACUCAAACAGGGCUGCUCUAGUGCACCAAAUGAAGGAUUUCUAAAAGGGUGGUAAGCCAAAUGAUUGACUAGCCAUAAGCAUAAGUUCAUUUUAAAUAGAGGCAUAUUUAAAAAGAGGCACAAAGAAAAUAAUAUCCUUUUAAAUGGAGUCAUUAUGACUGUAGUAUGUAUAGUAAAGUAAAUUACAGUGCUGUCCUAGUCGUAUAGUAUUGGUGGAGUGCAAAAGAUCAGCUAAUCAGAAAGACCUUAAGGAUUCUUACUGAAAGUGA